GGGGUUAUCGAUUUGGGGUUGGCCCCCUGUUGCCUCUGCAUGUUUCAGAACAUCAAAGGCCACUCCUUACAUGUUUGAUCUUCCAGUAUCAUCCCUGCAAGUUUUAUCGGACGCAUAUGUCACGAACAGUUUCGUCCAAAGCUUCGACAACAGCACGCAGCUGACACCUCAUUGGACAACCGCAUUUUUCGGGAGCCACUUUUUUUGGGACAGCUGUAGAGUUGAAACACUCACAUCAACUACAUAAUCUGCAUGUCUUUACAUAACCUGCGUUGGACCGGCUUGUAAAUCCAGUGUCCGACAACGGUUGCUUUGCUUUUGGACUGGACACUUCAGAUGCUGAAUCAUGCUUGAUCCUGGUCUACCUGGCAGUGCCCUGAACACCUCCAAAGCAGGUUUGCUGACUGGCAAAAACAACGGACAGUAUGGGAGUGCUCAUAUACCCUCUGGUAAACUAACAUAACUAUGGGAAAUGACCAUUUUGAAUGGGAAAAUCCACUAUAAAUGGUCAUAUAAGCAAAGGGAAACUGGAUCCCAAAGCCGUACCUUUGCUGCGAGACUAGGAUCCUGCGGAGUUCCCUUCAAAACGACAUCGUUACUAAAACAAUCACGUCAACCCAGGAAGCUCAAAACAGGCCGUGGUCAAAGUCCCUUUCGUUCUGAAAGUCAAAAGUCACGUCAACAGCCCCUUUCGUUCUGAAGAUCAGGCGCUCGCUUCAACCUAUUCACGGCGAAAAACAUGUUUUGACCAGUCUCGACUGCUUGAGGACAUAGCCAAGGGACCAGAGUUUUGCAAGGGGUUGCAACUGAAAGCGUCCGAUGGACCCUGCCGUGGGCAGCCAAACUCUACGCUCACAUUGCUGUCCCUCACACCAGCACUUCCAUCUUCCAAUCAAGUCUUCACACAGGUGGAAGUGCCGAGGGGUCGCUUCUGAGCAGGCUAAAGACCAUUUUCGUCCAAUACCACGACGAUAGCAUGCAGCUGAUACCUCCCCAGGGAACCUAGCUUCUGAUCCUGGAAAUGCCCAGUUUUAGGCACACUGUGGCACAUUUCAACCAUCCAAUCUGUCGUAGUUGCCGGUGUUUUCCCGAGCUGUCAGUUAAAUCGAUUGCAACUGCCCAAGGUGGUCGAGGUGACACGAUGCUCAAGCCAUGAGCAGACAAAGCUGUGGAAACUCAUCGUGCCAACUUCCAUGUUGAAGGAGGCAUGCCUUCACAGCUGGAAAGCCAAAACAGAAAGGGACUGUUCAAUUCCAGUCUUCGGUCCUGAAAAUGGGCGCGUUGAAUUCUUCAGCUUAGAAAUUCUUCAGUCACGCAGCUCCUUGCAGUCUCUUGGAUCCUUGCAGCUCCUCAGUCCUUGUCGAAAAAAAAUGCUGGAUGAACCACUGAGCUACCUGAACCUUCGGCUACCUGUCUCUGCGCACAUGGCAUCUCUUCGCUCCCCGCUGCGACCGGUCAUCUGCCGGCUAUGCUGGGAGACUCCACCAAGGUUUCAACAUCAAGUCCUCUGGCCGUUAAAGCCAGAUGCAAAGAUGAUGGCACUAUCGAUCCAACAUUGAUUAACACAGAAACUCAACGGCAACUCCAAAGAACUCACAGUUUGAAACCUGAUGUCAUUGUCCACAUUCUUUCAUGGUGGCUGUGCUGCGGUGCUGAGUUCUUCAGACUUGCAUUUUCUUUAGAGAUUCCUACAUGUUUGUGGGGGCAACCUUUGCUGCCUGGCCCAGCACUUUGCUAGCUGAAGCUUGCUGGGACGGUAUGUGUCAAGUGCCAGCCUCGUAUGGCGCUCAACCGACGUAUGCAUAGGUAUUUUUCAAGACCGCAAAACAAUCAUCCCAAAUCUGUGCCUUGGUUCAAUCCUUGAGCUGUUAUUCCUGGCAAGAGCCUUGUGGGUGACCAUUGCUGCCUGGCACACUUUGCUACAGGAACUUAAACUCACAUGGUCUCGCUUGACCAACGUCGAGAUUGAAGUCCUUUUCAAGACUGCAAACCAUUCAUCUCAAUUUGCACAUACGAUUUAUUCUUGACUUGUCACUCUGGCAAGAGCCUCCUGCGAGCUUUCGCGGGCGCCAGCUGCUGCAAAGAUCAGCCCUUCUCAUUGAAUUGUUUUCAUGGAUUCAACCAUGCAUGCUUCACAAAUCUCUAGUCUCUAACGCAAAGUCAUGGCAACCCCAUGCAACUCGUUUUUUGACGGCCGAAUCAAUGGCAAGGCCAAAACUGAAAAAGACAUCGUCCACUUUCUUCCACGGUAACUGGUGUAACUGUGUUGCUGUGUUGAGAUCUUCAGACUUGCAUUUUCUUUAGAGAUUCCUCCGCACUUGUGGGGGGAACCUUUGCUGCCCGGCGCAACACUUUGCUAGCUGAAGCUUGCUGGGACGGUAUGUGUCAAGUGCCAGCCUCGCAUGGCGCUCAACCAACGUAUGCAGAGGUCUUUUCAAGACCGCAAAACAAUCAUCCCAAAUCUGUGCCUUGGUUCAAUCCUUGAGCUGUUAUUCCUGGCAAGAGCCUUGUGGGUGACCAUUGCUGCCUGGCACAACACUUUGCUACAGGAACUUAAACUCACAUGGUCUCGCUUGACCAACGUCGAGAUUGAAGUCCUUUUCAAGACUGCAAACCAUUCAUCUCAAUUUGCACAUACGAUUUAUUCUUGACUUGUCACUCUGGCAAGAGCCUCCUGCGAGCUUUCGCGGGCGCCAGCUGCUGCAAAGAUCAGCCCUUCUCAUUGAAUUGUUUUCAUGGAUUCAACCAUGCAUGCUUAACAAAUCUCUAACGCAAGGUCAUGGCAACCCCAUGCAACUCGUUGUUUGACGGCCGAAUCAAUGGCAAGGCCAAAACUGAAAAAGACAUCGUCCACUUUCUUCCACGGUAACUGGUGUAACUGUGUUGCUGUGUUGAAUUUUUCAGACUUGCAUUUUCUUUAGAGAUUCCUCCACGUUUGUGGGGGGAGCCUUUGCUGCCCGGCGCAACACUUUGCUAGCUGAAGCUUGCUGGGACGGUAUGUGUCAAGUGCCAGCCUCGCAUGGCGCUCAACCAACGUAUGCAUAGGUCUUUUUAAGACC